AUGUUCGAAGCAAGUACCAAUGGUUCAGGCUGCAUUCACAUUGCGGCGUCGUGCACGCACAAAGUAUAUGAGAUCAGGUUUUGGGAGGAAUGUUCCCACAGCGCCAGAGGAAACCUGGUCAGCAGCCCGCUUGGUAACAGACACGGUCAACUCAGCGUCUCAGCUAUCGUAAUGCCUUCUCAAGAUUCUAGUCCGCCACGGCGGCUUUUCCUCCAGAUGUCAGGAGCGCCGGGCGCGGGCAAAAGCACCACAGCAAAUCUCCUAGCCCAGCCUCUUGAUGCCGUCAUCCUCGAUCUUGACGUUAUCAAGUCCUCUCUCCUCGAUAAUGGGGUACUAUUUGAGCAGGCCGCAAAGCUAGCUUACUCAACGCUCUGGGCGCUCGCCGGCAGCAUGCUCAUACAGGGCCGCAAUCUCAUUGUAGACUGCACCUGCAACUACGAAGAAGUAAUCACGAGUGGGAGAGCCCUGGCGGAAAAAGUAGAUUUUGAGUACUGGUACAUCGAGUGCAGACCUCAAGUCGACAUUGAUGUGCUAGAUGAGAGAUUGCAGAAGAGGGUAGCGAUGAGAAGACGAGACGAACAGGAGGCCUUGUUUCGAAGAUGGAUUGAGAACCCGUACAGACCCGACGGCAACGUGGUUGUCGUCGACACUUCGAAGCAUCCAGACGAGUGCCAAGAGCAGGUAUUGGAGGCAAUGGAAAAGAGCUGGCCCUAG